AUGGCUGCUGCGGUACUAGAUGUCGACUACCUGUCGGCCUAUCUAAGUCUACCGCAACAGACUCUCAACUCCGUCCUCGAUUCCCCAACCACCGUCCUUGUUCAAUCCGUUCUCGAGGCAAUCACAGCAAAGGCGCGCGAGCACAAAGAGUUGGCGGCAGACAAACUUCGGGCAGAUAUUGAGCUAGAGAAUGCCGUGAGGAGCUCAGAGACGCGUAUCGAAGGUCUCAGAGCAAGCUUAGAGAAGUCGCAGAAGACCGUUGAAGUUGUACGGACAAAGCUGAAGGAAGAAGAAAAUGCGAGAUCAUCCCUCGAGACUGAGCUCCAGACACUCAAGUCCUCCUCCAGCACAUCGACCUCCGAGGUGGAAACUCUCCGAGCACGAGUCACGUCCCUCGAGGCUGCUAAUCGUGACACGAUCGUUGUUCUCGAAUCAAAGACCACCGCGAACGACGAACUUGCCAAGGACCUGCAGAAGCAGCAUCAAAAGGGCUUGGAACUUAGCCAACAAAUCACCUCUCUACAGCAAGCUGUGCAGAAUGCCAACUCUGCGGCUUCCAGCGCCAAAUUUAGGGAGCAAAAUCUCAAGCAAGAGGUUGAGUUGGCGAAGCGCAAUAAUGAAUGGUUUGAGAACGAAUUAAAGACCAAGAGCGCGGAGGCCUUGAAAUACCGAAAGGAAAAGGGUACUAGGAUUUCUGAGCUACAGCGUGAAAACGAGGAAGCAAACUCCAACCUGGAAGCUUUAAAGAGGACCGAGCAAGCGUUGAGGAACAGACUUGAGGACUUGCAGCAGAAGGCUGAAGAGUCUCUCAGCAAAGUUCAACAACUCCAAGAAGCAGCUGCAACUGCCGAGGAGGGUUUCCGUCAAGAGCUAGAGAGUGUGCGCCGACUUGCCGAACUUCAGACGCAACAAACAGAAACUCACCGCAAUAGACUCAAGGAGGUGGAGGCCGCACUUGAGAAGGCCAAGGAUGACGCCGCUGAGGAAGUUGGUAGAUGCCGACAGGAGGCCGAGGCUGAGAGACAGGACCGCGAACAGGCUGAGCAUCGCAUUGCUGAGUUAGAAGCGGAUGUCGACCGUCUUGAGGCCCUCGUAGCCGCACCACGUCCUGGCUCUGUACCGGGAACACCACGACAAGGUGUAAAUGGAUCCCUGCUAGGAAGGUCAGGCUCGCCCGCACAAUUUGGCACGCCUGGAUCCGUCAGAAGCAAAUCCGCCAUUACAGCAACCCAGGCUAUCGAGGAACUGUACAAAGUCAAGGGUCAGUUGGCAACAGAGAAGAGGAGAAGCGAACAGCUUAGUGCGAACUUGCAUGAGAUGGUGGAUACUUUAGAGGCUAAGCAGCCCGAAAUUGAAGAGCUCCAAGCCGAACAUGAACGUCUCCAACAGGAAGUUAUCGAGAUGUCGAAAUUUGUGGACCAAACUGGAAAGGAGAGAGACCGUGCCAAAAAGGAUGCUAGAAAGGCGGAAAGCGAAUUGUCCACGGCUAAGGCCGAGGCCAAUAUACUUCGUCAACAGCUCCGAGAUCUCAGCGCCCAGAUUAAGAUGCUAUUGUGUGAUCUGGACGCGCGAGAGCGUGGAUUGGAUGCAUUGAACCCUGCAGAACGAACCCAGCUCGAACGCCUAGCUCGCGGCGAAGUUAGUGAAGAGGCCUUGGAAGGAAUGACUGAUACCGAUCGAUUCAUCAGUCAACGAUUAACAGUAUUCCGAAGCAUCAGCGAGCUCCAGGAGAAGAACCAAGAGCUUCUCAAGAUCACAAGACAGUUGGGCGCCCAGAUGGAGAGUGAAGAAGCUUUGGCAGCCAAACAUCAAGCCGCGAAGGAUCACGAAGAGGUCCAAACGCUCCAGUCGAAGAUUGAGAAUUACAAGGACGAGCUGCAGUCAAUGAUCACUCGAUCUGAAAGUUACAUUAAGGAGAGAGACAUGUUCCGUCGCAUGCUUCAACAUCGUGGCCAACUUCCACCUUCAUCAGAUCUUGCUUCUGUUUUUGGUCAAUCUGUUGAUGGAAAUCAAAAUGGCCUCAUGCAAACUAUUGAGCAAGGUGGCAAUAGGGAUAAUGCCAACUACGCCGUUUUGCUUCGGGAACUUCAAACUCACUUUGACCAGUACAGGGAGGAGCAGACCGUUGAUCGCCGAACUUUGAAAGAGCAAGUAGAGAAGCUGUCCAUUGAGAAAGGUACACUUCACACUGAAGUUGCGAAGGUUACCAGUCAACUCACCCUCAUCAAUGAACGCCACGAAAUUUUGACUUCCAAUUACGCUAUGCUGGAGAAAGAGAAUACCGAGCUGAAGAAGCGAUCCCAAGUUCUUUCCGAAGCCUCAGCGAAGCAAGAUAUUCGGACUCAGCAGGUCGCUGAGGAUCUGGUUGAGGCAAAGGGGCUCCUCGAGAGUAUGCGCAACGAGAAUGCCAAUCUCAAGGCGGAGAAGAAACUCUGGAAGGAUAUCCAAGAUCGACUGAGCCAGGAUAACGAGGGCUUAAUGAAUGAACGUACCAGACUGAACAAUCUGGUCGCCAAUCAACAAACUCUUCAAAAUGAGCGCGAACUCGCAGAUUCCGAGGCGCGACGACGCUUGCAAGCACAGGUGGAGUCUCUCGAGGCUGAGUUAAGCACCACAAAACGCAAACUCAACGAUGAAGUGGAGGAUAGCAAGAAAGCCCAACUGCGGAAAGAAUACGAUUCUCAACAAAACCAGAAGCGUAUCGAUGAUCUUGCGUCAACCUUGAGUCAAGCUCGGGAAGAGUUGGUGGCAGCAAAGACUACGCGUGACCACCUUCAAGCACGCGUUGACGAACUUUCCAUCGAACUCAAGAGUGCCGAAGAGCGUUUUGAGUUACUCCAGCCAAGACCAACACCUCGCCCAGGCACCAAUGGGCAAACAGUCGCUCCUCCAAGUGAGGCUUUCCCUGAAGGCGAGCUCACUAGGGAACAAGAACUAGCCAUUGAAGUCUCGGAGUUGAAGCGAGAUCUUGACUUGUCGAAAUCGGAGCUUGAGAAUACUAGGAGCCAGAUGGAGCAGUACAAGUCUAUUAGCCAGUCCUCUGAAGAAGAAUUGCAAAGUCUAAACGCAACUCAAGACCAAUAUCGAGAGGAGAUGGACCGCAUCAUCGAGGAGAAGGAUGCCAAGAUUCAUGAACUUCAGCAGAGAGUGGACGAUAUCUCGGCGGAGCUCAGUAACACCAACAACGAGUUGACCACAUUACGAAACCAGCAGUCGGAGGUUGCCAGACAAGCCGAGGAAGAAAAGGCGAUACUCGAAGCUGAGAUUUCUCGACUGAAGGACGAAGAUGAGAGACACGCCACUGCGGCGCAAUUUCAUCAACAAGAUCUCCGAGCACAAGCAGUAAUCGCUACAAAAGCCCAAGAAGACUACGAAGAUGAAUUGGUCAAGCAUGCCGAAGCUGCAAAAUUGCUGCAAAAUCUACGGGCCGAACAUAAUCAACUGAGGACGGAGUCUGCGAGCCUUAAGGCUGAUGCUGAAUCCGCGAGAGCUGCAUUGAGCCAAAACGAGAGCUCUUGGGAAGAACGUCGUCAACAUUUCGAACAAGAGCUGCAGGAGUUGAGGACACGACGUGAUGAUUUGAACGCCCAAAACAAGCUUCUUCAUCAACAGCUUGAAGAUGUUGGAGCCCAGAUCUCAGCCCUCCAGCAAAGUCGUGCUACACAUGCCGAAAAUGUUGAUUCUGGAUCAUUCGCUGCUGAGUCUUCAAACGAUCGAGCCGCGGAUGGGCUUCGUGAACUGAACGCUUUCUUGAGGCGAGAGAAGGAAAUUGUUGAAGUUCAAUAUGAACUCAAGGUCCAGGAAGCUAAACGCCUGCAACAGAAGCUUGACUAUGCACAGUCACAAUUGGAUGAGAGCAGACUGAAGCUCGAUCAAGAGCGCCGUUUACACGCAGAUGGCGGUCGCAGCUCUGUUGCACACAAGGAUCUCAUGGAGAAGCUUAAUGAAUUGAACCUGAUGCGCGAAAGCAGUGUUACCUUACGGAAUGAGACUCGGCAAGCUCAGACACAGCUAGCAGAAAAGACUAAGCGCGUUGAACAACUCAUGGAGCAGAUGCAACCUCUGGAAACCAAGAUUCGCGAACUUGAGCAUGGAAGGGAGACGAUGGAUGGAGAAAUGCGUCUAUUACAAGAAGAUCGCGAUCGCUGGCAAAAACGCACCCAAGACAUCAUUUCCAAGUAUGACCGCAUCGACCCUGCUGAGAUGGAACAACUCAAGGAGUCCCUCGAAUCUUUGCGAGCUGAGCGGGAUUCCCUCCUUGAAGAACAACAACCUCUUCAAGAAAAGUUGCAGAGCUUGGAAUCUGAAAAGGGGACAUGGCAACAGUCACGGACAAAAUUGAUCGAGCAAGCCAAGGAGAGGAGCCGUGUUCAAACCAAGGAAAACAAAGACAGAACAGCUGAGAGAGAUGUUGCUCUGCAGGAGAGAGAUUCUCUUCAACAACAACUGUCUGGACUGCGACAGGAGCUUGAGAUAGCUGUUCGAGAGAAAGAAGCUGCAGAGCAGCAGCUCACAUCUCUAAAGCAGGAACUCGAAACAGUCAAGUCCGAACGAGAACGUGCUCUAGCUGCUGCUUCUCAAUCGCCUGAGCAAGCUCCAGCGACACCAGUCGCAGAACGAACAACUUCGGUCGACAACCAGCAACUUGCAGAUUUGCGUAAAGAGCUUGAGAAAGUGUCCCAAGAAAAACAAUCUCUAGAGGCUCAACUGAAGGACUUGCGAGAGCAGCUCGAGAAGUCCAAUUCAGAGCGCGCCUCUGCGGUUGCUGAGGCCGCCGCAGCCCAGUCACGGCAGACGACCCAUUCCUCCGACACAACCAUGCAGAAUGGCACUGAAGACGGGCAGAUCGACGAGACCCCAAACAGCGGUCUCUCGGAAAAUGAGAGAAAUGUAUUAGAGGAACGCAUUGCUGCAGCCGAGGCGAAGUUUAAGGAACAAGAGGAGAGGGCCACAAAAAUUGAGGGGCAGGUGGAGGCCACACUGAAGACCCGUUCGGAAAAGAUGAAGGACCAAUUGAAUAAGAGGCUUGUACAGGCUAGAGAGACUCAGAAGGCUGAAUUGGAGGCUGAGUACAAGCUCAAACUGGACCAGGAGAAGCAGAUAUGGCUUGCAGAAUCUAAGACUGCUGCCACGGUAGCAACAACGCAAGCGAAGCCAUCUGAAAACGUCCCUGCAACUCCUGCAACUCCUGCCCCCGGAACUCCGAGCCAAAACCCGCCUCAAGCAAGUCCUUCAGUCCCUCAUUUAUCUGACAAGGAGGUCCGCGAAAUUCUUCAGAACAAUGCCACAGCUCGAGAGAUCUUUAAGGGUAACUUGACCAAGAGGGUCGCGGUCGAAACUCAGAAGCUCAAAGACGAGCAUACGAAAGUGCUGGCCGAAGCACAGCAAAAGGCUGAAGCCCAAAGACUUCAGUCCGUAAUGAUGGAGGGCAAGAAGUCACACCUGAAGAUCAACAUGUCAGAGAACAAGGCGAAGCUGGCCACGGGCAAGCUCGAGAUUGUCGAGAAAGCGGCACAAGAGACACCUCAGAAGCCAGUGGUCGAGGUUUGGGAGGAGGUCAAGAAUUACAAACCUCCCCCUGUCCCCACUACAAAUCCUGAGCCAGCCCCGCAGUCGAAUGGGACUUCUGCAGCAGUCUCGAAACCACUUGAGGUCAAGACCGAAGCAGCCAGCAAUGGGCCACCUCAGGUACCCCAACCACAAUCAUCUACCACUCCUGCUUUGUCAAAUGGUACACCCGCUGUGGCUGCCAGCAACAUUCCUGUACCUUCUCAACCUGGUAAUCCUGCUCAACGGGUUUCCUCACUCCCAACGAUGCGAGGCAGCACGACCAUGCGAGGACGCGGUGGAGCACAGGUUUAUCAAGCACGCGGCGGUGGUCAAACAGGGCAAGGCGGACGCGGUAGAGGUGGACCUCCGCAGAGAGGUGGUCUGAAUGCUUCAGCGACCCCUUACAGUCCUACUGGCACGGCGGGCAUCAAACGAGCUCGGGACGAAGGAUCUAUUGGAGGUCCUCAGCAGGGCAAUGCUGGGAAGAGACCUCGUGGAGGCGGACCAAACUAAUGAGCGGAAAAAACAUGUCUUGUUUGUAUGAUAUCUGUUUAUUGCAUAGCCUGGGACGGGCUUUCAUUUGUGGAGCUAAAGAAUGGGCGUUUGUGGGGGCUGUGUGGAAACAUUGUAUCUAGUAGCUGCGCUGCUAUUUCCUGAGCAUCAGUGGCAAGAUUCCCAAGAAGAGGAUCAAUCUCAGAAUUGAAAAUGGUUUUUGAGUCAAGACUUGUCAUUGAAACUUUGCUAGAUUGCUGGGUAUAAGUUUCUUCAACACUUCGAUUUGCCUAGCAACCAUUUUCAAUUUCAAGUCCUCAACACCACUACUGUCUAAUCUCCG